UUGAGGGCUACGUGGGCCACUGACAGGCAUUCAUGCUACACACCCCUGUCUCUUUGCCCCUCACACACGUGCAGGUCUCAGUGCCGCCAUGGCACCCCCUCUUUGCUCCCAGCAUCCUGCCCGGAGGGGCCGUGCCCGCUCCCCACGGGGACAGGCAGUGCUGGGCAGCAUUCGCUGCAUGCAUGGGCCCUGCCAGACAGAUGCCCCAUUGUGUGGCGUGUGGGCAGCCCGGGCAGCCGGGCGGAGGUGGCACCAGGCCCCAGCCGAGCGGCCACAGUGGCUGGAGCCGGUGCUGAGCCCCUGCCCUGUCACACCCAGUUGGAGGUGACGCUGGAUCUGGCUGAGCGGCGCCGCAUCCGCUCGGCCAUCAGGGAGCUGCAGCGGCAGGAGCUGGAGCGGGACGAGGAGGCGCUGGCAUCCAAGCGCUUCCGCCCGGAGCGUGGCAGCCACCGACAAGACAACAAGGAGAACUGGCCACGGUCCCAGCACCUGGAGGAGGAGCAGCAGACAGCCCUAGCUGCCUUGGCCCGGCAGCUUGAAGCCAUCACUGAUGUGGAGGAGCUGACCAAACUGCUGCGGGCAGCGGGUGAGUACGAGGAGCGCAAGCUGAUCCGAGCUGCCAUCCGCAAGCUACGAGCUGAGGAGAUUGAAGCUGCAACCCUGGCUGGGAAUGCACAGAGCAGUCAGAGGGACAGCAGCGAGCCCCACACUGUGCCUGGGGAUGUGAAAAGCAGCCGUAGGGAUGAUGCUGAAACACCAGCUCUGUCUGGCGGCACGAAGAGUAGCCGGAUGGGUGAUACUGCACUGUCGGCCGGGACCAGGACCGGGAAGAGCCAUGGCGAGGAGAACACUGAGCCCCAAGCCACGGCUGGGAGCAGGGAGAGCAGCGAGCAGGAUGAUGCAGAGCAGCGGGUGCUGGCUGGGCCUGAGGAAAGCAGCCAUGUUUGUGCUGCAGAGCAGCCCCCUGCCCAGGAGCCUGAAGGCUCAGUGGCCCCCAAGCGAGGUGAUGCAGUGGAGCAGGAGCAUGUCCCAGCUGAAAUGCAGGAGCUACGCAGCCAUCAGGCAGAAGACUCCCAGAAACCCAGCACCCAGGCCAUGGUCUCGGGGACCCUCGUGCUCCUGGAGCUGCAGCCAGCCCCAGAGCCCAGUCCAGAACCUGAAGAUGGUGGUGAGGAGCCAGAACAGGGCCAACUGUGCUCCCCAGGCGCUGCCCAGCCCAAGGGGCAGCAGCGCCAGGCAGCCUGGAGGGAAGCAAGCCUGGGCAGCCGUGCCACUGCCCAGGACUCCAGUGCAGGGCAAAGCCACCAGCUGGAGCAGCCCCCCCUGGGCCAGCCUGGUGCUGGCCGCUGGGGCAGCCAGCUUGGUGCUGGGGUGCGUGGCCAGGGGCCAGGGCUGGUCGGGAGGUGUGGGGAGCUACCAGUGGGUAAGUGCAGCUGUGUGGGGAGGGAGUGCUGGGGCCAGGGCUGCCCCGGGGCCCCCACUGCCCCCCUGCCCUGUGGCACAUGUAGGGAAGGGCAUCAGCCCUGGGGAUAUGACUUAAGCCCAUGCAGGCUGGGGCAGGAAUGUGAGGGCAGGCUGUGGCCAGGCCAAGGGCCAUCCCCAGCUGGUGACCAUUUGCUGCCCAGCCGUGUGGUGGUGGUGGUGCUGGGGGAGUGGGGUGCCAGGCAGGCUGUUUACGUGUCCCCCAGCUCCAGGCUGGGCGGCAGCAGGGCCAUGAAAGGGAAUACGCAGCCUCCAGGUGUGCUGCCUGUGGGCAGGGAGGAGGAGGAGGCGGCGGCGGCAGUGGUGCUGGCAGCCCUGCCAGCGGGGCCCGCUGCAGUCGUCACCAUGCCGGGGGUCAGCCUGGAGGGGCUGGUGCAGGUCGGAGCGGCCGAGCUGGUGGAGCUGCGGCAGGAGCUGGGCGCUUUGCGGGGGGCAGUGGAGGGGCGGCUGGAGCAGGCCCUGCGGCAGGUGCAGCCCCUGGCACAGGCGGUGCGGGCGCUGGAGGAGGAGCACCUGGAGCUGCGUGCAGAGCUGGCGCGCCUGGGCCACCGUCUUGACCUGCUAGUGCUGCAGCUGGGGCCGCAGGAGACCCCCGGGGAGGACCUCAGCACCCUCUUUCUGGAAGCACAGGACCCUUGCGCUCACUUUGAGGGCACUGAGGAGCCCAGUGUCCCCAUGGCCCAUCCGCCCGCUUUCUCCAGCAUGCGCCAACAAUCGGCCCAGCACCUCUCCAGGAGCAACAGUGGCAUGGAGCCGGAGGUGGUGGAGCAGCCCCAGGCACCAAAGCUGGAGCCGGAGCUGCCCAAUGGCAUGGAAAAGGUCCAAGUGAGAGAGCUGGAGAGAAGGAGCAAGCUGAACGUCGAGGAGCUGAACAGGAUUGAGGAUGAGGAUGUUCUGGAUAAGAUGCUGGAUCGGACAACAGACUUUGAGGAGCGGCGGCUGAUCCGAAACGCCAUGCGGGAGCUGCGCCAGCGCAAGCGAGACCAGCGGGAGAAAGAGCGGGACCAGCGGCUGCAGGAGAUGAGGAGCCAGGCUAUAGCAGGAAGGGCUGGCCAUGCCACGGAGACCACCACCACACAGAGCACCCAGUCAGCCGAUGGCUCAGCACGCAGCACUGUCACCAAGACCGAGCGUCUCGUCCAGUCUAGCGAUGGCACCAAGACUUCCCGUACCACAACCAUGGAGUCGAGUUUUGUGAAGAGAUCAGAUGAUGGCAACAGCACAUUUGUUCAAACCAAAUCAUCCUACAGCUCCUCUUCCAAGAAGACGGGCAGCAUCUUCGACCGUGAAGAUGAGAGUGUCUCCAGGCAGAGCAGCUUGGCUGCGCUGGAGCGGCGCCAGGCUGAGAAGAAGAAGGAGCUGAUGAAAGCUCAGAGCCUGCCGAAGACAUCGGCCUCACAGGCUCGCAAGGCCAUGAUGGAGAAGCUGCAGAAGGAGGGUGGGAGCUCACCAAACCCCGCAGUGGCACGCACUGCUGUGCAACGCUCCUCCAGCUUCGGUGUGCCCAAUGCCAACAGCAUCAAGCAGAUGUUGCUAGACUGGUGCAGAGCCAAGACCCGGGGCUACGAGCAUGUGGACAUCCAGAACUUCUCGUCCAGCUGGAGCGAUGGCAUGGCCUUCUGUGCCUUGGUCCACAACUUCUUCCCUGAGGCGUUUGACUACAGCCAGCUGACACCCCAGAACCGCCGCCACAACUUCGAGGUGGCCUUCUCCUCUGCAGAGAAGCACGCAGACUGUCCGCAGUUGCUGGACGUGGAGGACAUGGUCCGGAUGCGCGAGCCAGAUUGGAAGACGCUGGUGGACUGCGUGCCCCUGGUGGAGGUGGAAGACAUGAUGAUCAUGGGGAAGAAGCCAGACUCCAAGUGCGUCUUCACCUACGUUCAGUCCCUCUACAACCACCUGCGUCGCCACGAGUUGCGCAUGCGGCAGAAAGAGUGCUAGAGCCUGCCCUGCCUGCCACCCUGCUGCCCCCUGCCCUCAGGGCUGCCAGGAGCCAGGGGAGCUGCCUGCCCCAGGAGGGUCUGGGGGGGGGCCACGGGACUGGCGCUGGGGCCAGGGGGCUCUACAACCGGGGAAAGCCCACACCUCUGCCUUGCAGGACCUCCUUCUGCCCUGGCUGUGGGCUAGCCCACAGACAAGGCAAAACAGGGCCAGGCAGGUGCUGCCGGGGAUGCGCCCCAGCUUGGCUUGCCUCCUGCGUUGCAGUGUGUUAUUUGUUCUCCAGGAGCUGUUUGUCCUGUGAGGAGGUGCAGGCACAGCUGGGCCCUUGGGCCUGGGGCUGGCAGCCAAGCAGCUUUGUGCCACCAGCCUGGCUCGCAGUGCAUCCCCCAGGCACAUGCCUGUGGGCAGCCUUGGCCCCGGCACAGAAGCCCCUCUGCCCACCGUAGGCUCCCUUGGUGCCAGCUCCAGGGCCCUGUGCUGACACCCUGCUUUGCAUGUGCACCCAGGGCACUUCCACACCAUGGGGCUACAGCACCCAUGUGCUGGGGAGCGGGCGGGAGGUGAGGGGUCCUGAGGGCGGAAGGGGCCCAAGGAGCAAGCCGGGAUGGCAGCCCCCGCUCUCCCCCCAGCUCAGGGCACCACAUACUCAGUACCACUUGCCCCUCCAUCACCGUUCUCUACCCCUGUGUUGACACGUGUACCAACACCAGCCAGAUAAUAAAAGAUUAUUCUAUAGGG